GAGUCGCAAUAACACACCAGGAAGCUGGAGUUCAUGUUAUAUGCAUGUGACUGCAUACAAAACACUGAAAUAAGUGAUUUUGCCACUGAAAUCGUUUUCGCAAAAAAGCCAAAAAAUAAUCAUGAACAUCAUAAAAAUUGGACUCUUUUGGAUCUUAAUCUCCUUAAAAGAAGUUCAAAGUAAUAGUAAUAAGACGAAAUGCAACGUGCAAAAUAAAAAUGUUGAUUGCAGCCAUUUAGCCUUGACUAUAAUACCUAGACACUUACCAACACAAGCAACUAGUAUGGAUUUAAGUACAAACAACCUUCAAAUAGUUAGAGGUUCUACUUUUCAGUGUUUCAAAAACAUCACCGAUCUUAAUCUUGGAUAUAAUUUAAUACAAUCAAUCGAUGCUAAUGCUUUCUAUGGGUUGCAUCGCCUACAAAGCCUACAUCUGGAACACAAUUUCUUGCAGGUUUUACCCAUUGGAAUGUUCGAUAAACUUGAGUGUUUGCAGCAUCUUUCGAUUGAUCACAAUAAACUACAAAAUCAUCAGGAUGACCAAAUAAAGGAAAUGUCAAAGAUCCUAUCACUGACGACCCUUUCUUAUGACAAACAUCAAGAUUACAAGUUUCCCAGCCAAUGGUCUACAUUAAGUAAAUUGAACCAUUUGAUGAUUUUCCCUAGAUCGGCAAAAGUGCAAUUCAACAAGGAGAUGUUUACUCAUAUUAAAAUGUUGCCAAUAAUGUCUUUGCACUUACACUAGGUGCCGUCCAUAUCAGAUGAUUUUUUUGAAAAUUUUCCUAAAUUAGAUUCAAUAUCGUUAUGGCUAGGUGACGAUUUACCUAAAAAUCCAAUUGAUCAAGUAUUCAGAUCUUUUGGGGUAUUUAAAAGUAGGAACAUGACAAAUAUUGAAAUUGCAUACAGUAGAUUUGAUAACGAGUUUAUUUUAAACCGGAACAGACUGCAAUAUUUAUGGUCAAUUUGCUUGAAACGACUUACAUUGCAUUAUUUAUAUAUUAAAGACAUAUCCAUAUAUGCGAUGCAAGUAUUUUCUGUUCGAAGCACUUGUCUUGAGUACUUAGAGAUUUCUAAAAAUAUCUUGUUGGACCGAGGGGGUUCUUUUUUUACCAUUUUGCAGAACUUUAAAAAUUUAAAAGUUUUGAAAAUUACAAGUAAUUGGCAUCAUUUGAGAAGUAAACGCUCUCAACCGUCAAGAUUAUAUAGUCUCGUGUUACCACAAACUCUUGAAGAGUUGUAUAUAGGAGAUAACUUGGCUGCCGAUAUGGUUAAUAUUAAUUUUAUAAACGGUCAUAAUCUUCGUGUGUUGAGCUUAAAAAACUCUGAAAUCUGGUCAUGCGAAGGUAGCUUCGCAGGAAUUAUAAAUGUUGAGUAUUUUGAUAUGUCUGGAUGGGCAUGCGAAAAGCUGUCAAUCAAUUUGCUAUAUGGUUUCCCAAAUUUAAAGAUAUUGAAAGCAAGUGGGUCACUUCUAGGAUAUGGAUUUGUCAACACGGCUGGAGCUGGGUCUUUCUUGAGUAAGAAUCUGAGAUUGCAAGAUAUUAAUCUUUCGUCUAAUAGGAUAAACAGUGUACCAACUGGAUUAUUUUUGCGUCAAUUUGAACACUUAUCAUCAGUUAAUAUGUCUCAUAACAAUCUCACAAUAUUUCCUAUGUUUCAUGCAAGUAUUAAAGCAUUAAAAAAGAUUGAUUUGGCCUUUAACAGCAUAACACACUUCAAUAACGACGACAUUGAACAAGUUGAAAAGCUUGGCGAAGUUGACAUAUUGUUGAGAGGAAACCCCUUUCAAUGUUCCUGUAAAACAUUACAGUUUUUAAAGUGGUUAGCUCAGACAAAUCGAGUACCGGAUAUUUUAGAUCUGACAUGUGUAACUGAAAAGGGUUCACGCAGGUUUAUGUCUGAAGUUAUUUCCAACCUUAAGACAUUUGUGAUUUCUUGCAAAACGAAAUUCUGGUUGUCGUUUGCUGUGUCUAUAACCUCCAUUAUCGUAAUUACCAUAAUAAUAACCGUCGUAAUCUUUCGAUAUAAAUAUGCUGUUGAGUAUUUUUUAUUGAGAUUGAAUAUGAAAAUGAAAAAUUACAAAGAAUUGUGGCAGGAAUAUACUUAUGAUGCUUUUAUAUCAUACAGUCAUACAGAUGCGGAAUGGGUAAAACAGUUCCAUGACAAGGUUAAUAGCAUGGGCUUCGAAUUAUGCCUGGACGCCAAGGACUUUAUUGCUGGUAACAGUAUAGCAGAAAAUGUUAUUAAUGCAAUAGAUUCCAGCAGAAAGGUUAUAUUUAUUAUAACUCAUGACUUCUUACAGAGUACUUGGGGUUCGUAUGAAAUGGAAAUGACUCGCAUGCAUGCUUUUCAGAAGGGAAGAGAAGACAUGGUGAUUAUUGUUGUAAGGGAUAAGAUAAAGGUAACCGAUAUGCCGGAAAUAUUAAAGAGUAUGUGGUUUAAAAUUACAUGUAUCCAAUGGCCAAACGAUGACAACCUACCAUACAAUACGGAGGAAAUAUUUUAUGAAAAGUUGAAAAUGUCUCUCCAGAAGAAGGAAGAAACUGCUUUACCAUAUUCUAGAAAUUCAGUUAUAUAGAGGGUUUGGCAUCAUUUCAGGACAAUAAUGAAAUCUGGAAAAAACUGCUUUGGUUAGUAGCAAUUAAGUUCAUAUAGAUGUGAUAAGAACAGUGACACAAGAGAGAGCAAAAAGAGGACAAAACCAGACUAUAAUUUGUAUAUAAAUAUGGUCAUAUUCAAAAUACAACUGUUACGUAUAAUCAACGGUUUAUAUGUUACCUGACCGUUUUCUUUUAUGCUCUGAAGCGUCUCUUAUUUUGAACAUUUAUUGAUUGUGCCACAAAUCGUUUUUAUUUUUUUGCAAGGUCAAACUUUUAGUUAUGAUUGUUCCUGUGAUUGAUGUUGCAGAAACACGUGUUGUACUCACAGAA